AUGAGGCAGACCGUCCUGGUGCUGGCGCUCGCGGCCUGCGUGUUCGGCCAGUUCCCGUACCAGGUGUCGCUGCAGUGGGUGAUGUUCGGCAUCGCCUCCCAUACGUGCGGCGGCUCCAUCGUGUCCGCCAGUGUUGUCGUGACGGCCGGACACUGCCUCGACCCGAAAGCCUUCGGAUACUACGAGGUCGUGGCUGGUAUCAACUCCCUGACGAAUGACUCGGCCUUCGAGCAGAGGAUGCAAGUAGCCCAGCAGAUAAGGCAUCCAUCCUACCAGGAAGAUUUUAACGUCGCAAUCAACGACGUUGCCAUCUUCCAGCUGAAGACCAGUUUAUCCCUGGGCGGCAACCUGGAUCGUCGGCGACGCUGUCUGGCUGGGGCAGCACCAGCACCAGAAUCGGCAUUUUUCCACAUCCUGCAGUGGGUCGACGUCACCUUUAUCAGCAACACGGAGUGCGCGCAACUGAUGCCGGACAGCCCGGUCAACGACAACAACGUCUGCGCCGGCUCUGUCGACGGAAGCAUCUCCGCUUGCACGGGCGCCUCUGGCUAUCCGUUGGUCCAGGAUGGCACCCUCAUCGGAAUCGUCUCGUGGGGAAUAUGGAACUGUGCAACUGUGGGCACCCCCUCCGUCUUCACCUGGGUGGCCGCCUUCACGGACUUCAUCAACCAGUACAUUUAG